UCCAGGCUUAAAUGAUAUGCCGACUAAUUUGAAAGACCCAUGGAAUGAAACGUCACAGUACUUUAGAUACGGCAGAACAUGUGUCAAAAAGUGCCCUGAAAAUCAUACAUUUGUUGGAAAAGAAACGAAUCAACAUUGCUGGUCGUGGAAUUGUGAAAAAAUAUUACAUCUACAAUGUUUAUCCGAAUGUCCAGAAAACACAUAUAUGUACAGAAAUUUGUGCCUCAGCUUUUGCCCUGGUCACCUCUUUCUACUUGGCAUGGCGCUUGUUGAAUCAUGUCCGCAGCAACAACAUUUACAUCUGAAACGUGAAGUCGUUGUAACAGAAAACAGUCUUAGAUGGGAAAGGACAACGACAAAGUCCAUUUUUGAAUGUGUUUCAAAUUGCAGAGAAAAGUUAAUUCAAAACAAUUCUUGUGUAGACAAUUGUCCUGUUAAUGAACCGUACCUCAGGGGCAUCUUCUGUCACAACAAUACGUGCGGUGCGAAGUAUGAAUUAAAAACAUCAAGGGGUAUUGAAUGUUUGACCGAAUGCCCUGAAGGGACUCUACAUAGUACCAAUAAAUGUACUACCAAAUGUCCAGACGAAUUGAAGUUCAAUUCAAACUCCAUCUGUGUUAAUCAGUGCCCGUCUUCAAGCCCUUUUGGUGUUGAUAUAAAUAAAGAUAGCUUCAGUUUCUACGAUAAAAAGAGUGAAUUCAAAUGUUUAGCAAAAUGUAAAGACAAUAAAGUAUACAAACGAGACGAAGAGGCAUGUAUCUAUUCGUAUAAAUGCAAGGAUCCAGACUUUGUAUAUGCUGGGCAAUGUUUGAAAAGCUGUCCUAGUGGUUAUAAAUGGUUAUUGUCUUGUUUUCACCAGUUUGCUGCAAUAGUCUGCAGUGUAAUUGUGAUCUUACUGACGCUAACUUAUGGCUACUGUUGCUUUCCAUUAUUCAAGGAAACAUGUAGCUUCAUUACAAUCUGUAGACAGUACAAAAAGAAUAACAGUAGCGAAGAUAGUGCUAAGAACUUGCUGCAAUUGGUGAAUGACGAAGAACCAAAUGAUCCUGUUCAUCCUGAGAAUACAACUGCUAUAGAUAUGGCUGACAUUUCUGUUUUUCAAACAUUCAACAGCAGUUAUAUCAACAAUGCUUUAGAAGCAGAUAUAAACAUCUGAAGUGGUACGGACAGCGGCAUUGUACCAAUUUGUUUGGCAUAGCAUAUGCUCAAAGACAACAAGACCGACAAUAUUAAAUGUAGCACUAGUCGCUGGUGUGACUAAAACAUCGUAACGUACGAACUAUACUAAUAACACACCAUCUGUAGAUUUUCACCUACAACAUGUAUACUUCGUGUUUUUACAAAAAAAGUGUUCAAAAUUAACAAAAUUAGCUAAAUAUUUUUAUCAAGACCACUAGCUCAUUUUACUAAUGAUCAAACUUUUCUUUGUAGUAAAUGUGUGUUAAUGCUAACAGAAAUACGAAUAAGAAUAACACGAAAGGGAUAGAUGUAUUCGGUGAUUUUAUUAUGCAGCAGACUUCUUUGGAUCGUGAUGGACACGUGGUUUCCCAUAUUUGGCAUUUAAACUAUAACAACGUAGACUUGUUUCGGACAAUAAACGCUUGUGUGCGUGCACGCGUGUGUAUGUGUGUACGCUUAUUUACUGUCGCCACUGUAUCUGUGCGUGUGCGUGUGCGUGUGUGCGCGCUGCGUAUUCGUGCGUGCGUACCUGUAUGUUGUUGUUAUUGUUGCUUCCCUCUUUGAAAGCGGUCCUACAUCAAUGCCGAGGGAGUUAAAGUUCAAGAGAUAUUUUAGUUUGCUAAUAACGUUUGCAUCUAUUAUGCAUACGAUUUCAUGAGUACUAAAUUUAAAAGGACUCCAAAAUAAACAAGAAUAUAUUAUUUUUUGAAAAAGAUGGUCCAUACAGAGUUGUUGGAAUAUAAGUUAUAUAUUGAUUUUUUAAGUAAUUGCCAUUGAAAAACUUGAUCGACAUAUCCACUAUGAAAAAAUGGCGUAAACGGCCUAUUACUCAUUAUGCAUUAUGCCAUUGUCACGUGACUGAAAUAGCUGACGUUAACAAGACCAUUCCUAGCAACCAAACUUCAUUUCGGUCGAAUCUUUCAGAUCUACUCAAAGAAAUCUGUAUUUUGGAUUAAAAUCAGCUGAAGUGGUCUCUUUCUACAUCUUAACAUCAAACGAGAGAAAAAAUAAUGUAUUAAAUGGCUGUAGUUUAUAGCACACAAGAGAAAAUUUUCUCACUAUGACCUUUCGCUAAUUGGUAGACUUGAAUCGACUGAACGAUGAAGCGUUGCAAAAGACACAGGAAGAUUAAAAAUUGAACUGAGCAAACUGCUUCAUAAAUCAGUGGCUAUGGCUAAAAACACGCAUGAUACGUAAUCAAGCAAUCUGAUUUGCCAACUUGGACACGUGACAUAGGUCAUUGUAAGUCACGAAAACAAGCUUAAUACGGCUGCGUCGAAAAAGAAACCAUGACGAGAAGGUACUUGAACAGAAAACCACCUAACAUGUCCAUGUCAGAUGUCGAACAUAAAAGGGAUCUUUCGUAUUAGUUCAACAUUCCGUGGCAAUAUCUAAUGACUGCGCUGUUUGUUUAGUGUGUAAAUAAAACAUGUCUAAAAUGAUAUUCUAACAUGGUUCGAUUCGAUUGCAAGUUAAACAAAGUUCAAGUUCUGUAUAUUCCGCGAUAAAAGAUGGUUGACACGCGGACCGGUAAGAGAGCAUUAUGACGUCAAUUAUGACGUAAAAUUGCCGCAUAACGUCCUCUUUAUUGACACUGGGAUAAAUGUAGUCCCAAUCCGUGACUCUGUAGUUACCUCCCCUGACGGUCCGUCCACAGAGUCACAAGCAAUGGCUGUUAAAAAUCGGCGUAAUCGAGGUACUUCAAUCUUUGAGACAUGAUUUCCAACACAAUGAUGAUUUAAAGGAAAAAAGAAAAGUGUUUCUGAAUAACAAAUUUAUUAUUGUACUUGUAAUAGUGUAAUACGUAUGCUAUAUGCAUUGUCAUGAUCACUUAGCAAUACCUGAAGAAAGUCACCCACUGACUUGUAUUAUCGAUUUGUUUUCCUCCAUUCUUGCAUAAAAACUACUUUUUUCACUGGAUCCGCCCGUGUAUUAACGGGAGAAAAAUCGUGUGCAAACAAGGCAAUUCACGUGCUGUUAAUACCCGAUUUUUAUUUUUGAAAUGCUUUGCCAGGGAUAUAUGUAUGUAUUUUUACGCACACUGAUAUUUGGAAUCUGCGUCUUGUUUCUUCCUUAACAACCUCAUCUUGUAGCAUUAUAAAUACUAUAAGAUUCUUUCACUGGUUAUAGGUGCAGAUGGGAAUUUCCGGCCUCGAGAGUAACUGUUUAGGCGGUAACGAGGUUCCUACCGAGUUACCGCCUAAACAGUUACCCGAGAGCCGGAUAUUCCCAUCUGCACCUAUAACCAGUGACAGAAUCUUUUUCUUGCAUACCGAUAUCAAGAUAUAAUAAUAAAAAUAAAUUCAGUCGAACGGCUUUCUUUUUAGAACUAUUUCUUAUAGUAGCGUAUUUUAACAAAGCGCGGGAAAUCAACGUCCGUAAACAGGAAAGACGUCAUGGCGUUUCAAAGACAAAUAACAAUGUUUAGUUCCGGUUUUAUUUUAUCAGUUCCAGCGUAACGUUAUGAAUUUGUGAUAAAAUAACGUGUUUUGAAUCGAGAAAUAUACUAUCAGGAACAAAGAGGAACUGUCAAGGUAUUGGAUUUUAUUCCGUUUUUCGAAAUAAAAUAUAAAUAACUACAUAAAUCUUCUUCAUAUAUGUAGUUCGUAAUACGUCAUUUAAAGCACGGGGGUCAUCUUACACCCCGGGGUGUAAGAUGGAUUUUUCCAGCACCGGUAAAAAUACCGGAAAUCCCCGUCUGGUAUGCAAGAAAAUGUAAUCCAUAGUAUGUUUAGCUGUAUCUGUUUCCAACCCCAAACGUACUGCCCCCAUCAAUGUACGCCCUAGCUUCUCUUUGAGUUCACUCCCUUUACAAAGCGUCUGUUCAGUUAUUGUAAAUAACUGUGAAUAAAU